UCGCCCGCCCCGAGCCCUGAUUCACGUCCACUGGUGCGCUGGUGUUUUUUGGACUCGUGCGGCAAGAGAUCAGCGGUACAAGCACGAGAUGUCUCCUUUACCUGCAACCAUAUAGCAGCUAAUUCGGUUUUAUACACCCGGAAUCGCGAAAACCAGCGACUCUGCACCAUCCGGGCGCUUCAUCUGGUCCGACUGAAGUCAAUCCAGCCUGUUUGGUGUAGAACACGGAUCAGUUCGGCGUCUGUAUUCAUGUUAUUUCGGGCAUUAUAUUGUUGAAUAGAACAGAUAAUCAUGGCGAGUGACUCUCCUGCGAGGAGUCUGGAUGAGAUCGACCUGUCUGCUCUGCGGGACCCUGCAGGCAUAUUUGAACUGGUGGAGCUUGUGGGAAAUGGGACCUACGGACAAGUAUAUAAGGGACGUCAUGUCAAGACUGGCCAGCUUGCUGCAAUCAAGGUCAUGGAUGUCACAGGGGAUGAGGAGGAGGAGAUUAAAGCUGAGAUCAACAUGCUGAAAAAAUACUCCCACCAUCGAAACAUCGCCACUUACUAUGGUGCCUUCGUCAAGAAGAACCCACCUGGCGUGGAUGACCAGCUCUGGUUGGUGAUGGAGUUUUGUGGUGCUGGUUCAGUGACAGACCUGAUAAAGAACACCAAAGGAAACUCUCUGAAGGAGGAGUGGACAGCCUACAUCUGCAGAGAGAUCCUCAGGGGUCUGACCCACUUGCAUCAACAUAAGGUCAUUCAUCGUGAUAUCAAAGGUCAAAACGUUUUGCUCACGGAAAAUGCAGAAGUCAAACUAGUUGAUUUUGGUGUGAGUGCACAGUUGGACCGUACCGUCGGUAGGAGGAACACUUUUAUUGGCACGCCAUAUUGGAUGGCUCCAGAAGUCAUAGCCUGUGAUGAGAACCCAGACGCCACAUAUGACUUCAAGAGUGAUCUGUGGUCGCUGGGAAUUACAGCUAUUGAAAUGGCAGAAGGAGCCCCUCCGCUGUGCGAUAUGCAUCCCAUGCGAGCACUUUUCCUCAUACCCAGAAACCCAGCGCCCCGUCUCAAGUCCAAGAAGUGGUCUAAAAAGUUCCAGUCAUUCAUUGAGAGCUGUUUAGUGAAGAAUCACAACCAGAGACCCAGUACUGAACAGCUCAUGAAGCAUCCCUUCAUCAAAGACCUUCCCAAUGAGAGACAGAUCCGAAUCCAGCUCAAAGACCACAUUGACCGGACCAAAAAGAAGAGAGGAGAGAGGGAUGAGACGGAAUAUGAGUACAGUGGAAGUGAAGAGGAGGAGGAAGAGCGAGACACUGGAGAGCCGAGCUCCAUCAUAAACAUCCCUGGGGAAUCGACCCUGAGGCGGGACUUCCUGCGUCUGCAGUUUGCCAAUAAGGAGCGCUCCGAAGCACUGAGGAGACAGCAGCUAGAACAGCAACAGAAUGAGGAACACAAGCGCCAACUACUGGCAGAGAGGCAGAAACGCAUCGAGGAACAGAAGGAGCAAAGGAGGAGACUAGAGGAGCAACAGCGACGGGAGAGAGAGCUCCGGAAACAGCAGGAGAGAGAGCAGAGGAGGCGUUAUGAAGAGAUGGAGCAGCUCCGGAGAGAGGAGGAGAGGAGGCAUGCUGAGAGGGAACAGGAGUAUAUCCGCCGCCAGUUAGAAGAAGAACAAAGGCAGCUGGAGAUUCUUCAACAGCAGCUUCUCCAAGAACAAGCUCUUCUCCUGGAAUACAAACGGAAGCAGCUGGAGGAGCAGCGGCAGGCUGAGCGGUUACAGCGGCAGCUGCAGCAGGAAAGGGCCUACCUGGUCUCACUGCAGCAACAGCAACAAGAGCCACGACCUGCAGACAAAAAACAGCUAUACCACUACAAAGACUCCGCCAACCCCAGUGACAAACCGGCCUGGGCCAAAGAGGUGAUGGAGAGAGCUCAGAGUAACUCUCCUCGAAUCCCUCCCAAGAAGCACCAUUCUUUUAACAGUCCUGGAGAAAAACGUGUUGGCCAACUCCUGCCUCUUGACAAGAGCUCCUCUAAUCAGCCCACGAGGCCCCCCUCCUACCCAGCAGCCUCGCACCCGAGAGAGAUGGAGCUGGCAGAGCCUCAGCUCAGGAUAAUCAGUGGGCCAAACGUUCCUAGAGUCCGUGUGUCUUGCGAGCCAGAUCCAUCCCAGCUGGCCAGGAUGGUCCAGCAGCAUCUUGAGCAAGAGUCCCGGGGCCGUAGUCCCGGACACUCCAGCAAAGGGGCUGAUACUGAGAGAGACUUAAAUGUCUUAAAGGUUGAGGAACGCUCCAAGCUGAACCGCCAGAGCUCUCCGGCUCUCCAGAACAAAGUGGCCAAUCGUAUUUCUGAUCCCUCCCUGCCUCCCCGCCCACACACAUUCAUCAAUCAAUGCAUACAUAAAGCACGCACGCACCCCACCCACCCACCGCCAGAUACACACAUGGCGCACCUGGUUUCUGUGAAGUCCCAUGGCCCUUCCAUGACAGGAUCCCAGUCGCUGCAUGAUCAGUCCUCUCAGGGCGUCUCAGCCUUCCAAGAGGGUCUGUCACCUCACCGACCUCCGAUGCCUCGGCAGAACUCUGACCCCACGUCAGAAACCCCGGCCCCACCACCUCGCAUCACCAGCCGAGACGACAAGUUUGACCACAGCUCUUGGCUGAGACAGGAAAAUGAUGUCCCUCCGAAGGUGCCUCAAAGGACCACUUCUAUAUCCCCUGCGCUGGUGAGAAAAAAUUCUCCAGGGAAUGGACCGGGUGGACUGGGACCAAGAACCGGAGCACAUCUGAUCCGAGCCAGUAACCCAGACCUGCGGAUUCCCAUGGAGUCAGCUCUCCAGAUAGCCAGCAGUGGGAGUUCUUCCUGUUCUAGCACGCCCAGCUCUCAGGGAGGCUCCAGCGAGAGAAAUAGGGUGGGAGGCUCCAGUAAUCCUGAGGGAUCCCCAGCAGUGUCCCAAGAAUCCAAACCAAAAACCCAGGAGGAGAACAGGGAGGUGACCAGACCUAGCCGACCAGCGAGUUAUAAGAAAGCCGUAGCUGAGGUUAACCUCACUGCUUUGGCCAAAGAACUCCGUGAGCUGCGAACCAAUGAGGAAACCAACCGGCCUCCCAGGAAAGUGACGGAUUAUUCCUCAUCCAGUGAGGAAUCAGACAGCAGUGAGGACGAGGAUGGAGAAGGCGGGGCUCAUGAUGGAACCGUGCCAGUUAGUGAUAUUCCACGUAUUAUGCCUCCUGCUGGCCAGGGUGGCACUGACUCACUGGUCAACCAGGAGGAUUCUCAUGCCAGUGAUUCAUUUGGCAAAAAUUCACAAGACAGCACCCUGAUGAUGCGGGAGACGUUUGGGGAAAGAAAGCUCGGUCAAGCCGAGAGCAAUGGUUUCCCCGGUAACUCCAAUCUGCCUGAUCUAGUGCAGCAAAGCCACUCGUCUGGCGAGGGCCCUGGGAGGCUUUCUAGUGGGCUGGACCUGGACUCUGUGGCUGAAUUUGGGAUGGGGAGCGGAUCCAAAGCCUCCUUCACUCCUUUUGUGGACCCACGGGUGUAUCAGACCUCCCCCACAGAGGACGACGAGGACAACCUUGCCUCAGCUCAUUUUACAGAUGAACUCCUACGGCAGGAACAGGAUCAAGCUCGACUAAAUGAGGCUAGGAAAAUAUCUAUUGUGAAUGUCAAUCCCACCAAUAUCCGGCCACACAGCGACACACCGGAAAUCCGCAAGUACAAGAAGCGCUUCAACUCUGAGAUCCUGUGUGCGGCACUAUGGGGAGUGAAUCUGUUGGUGGGAACAGAAAAUGGACUCAUGUUGCUAGAUCGCAGUGGUCAGGGCAAAGUCUACAAUCUGAUCAACCGCAGGCGCUUUCAGCAGAUGGAAGUUCUGGAGGGACUCAAUGUCCUGGUCACCAUAUCAGGCAAAAAGAAUAAACUGAGGGUCUACUAUCUGUCAUGGCUUAGAAACAGGAUACUUCACAAUGACCCUGAAGUAGAAAAAAAACAAGGGUGGAUUACUGUUGGUGACCUGGAGGGUUGUGUCCAUUAUAAAGUCGUCAAAUAUGAGAGGAUUAAGUUCUUGGUGAUUGCAUUGAAGAAUUCAGUGGAGAUUUAUGCCUGGGCUCCCAAACCCUACCACAAAUUCAUGGCUUUCAAGUCUUUCACAGAUCUUCAGCACAAGCCUUUGCUCGUGGACCUGACAGUGGAGGAGGGUCAGAGGUUAAAGGUGAUCUACGGCUCCAGCGUUGGUUUUCAUGUGAUAGAUGUCGACUCUGGGAAUCCGUACGAUAUCUACAUUCCGUCCCACAUUCAGGGCAGUGUUACCCCUCACGCCAUUGUGGUGCUUCCCAAGACUGACGGCAUGGAGAUGCUUCUGUGUUAUGAAGAUGAGGGAGUCUAUGUGAACACAUACGGCAGAAUCACUAAAGACGUGGUGCUCCAGUGGGGAGAGAUGCCCACCUCUGUUGCCUACAUCCACUCCAGCCAGAUCAUGGGCUGGGGAGAGAAAGCCAUUGAGAUCCGCUCCGUGGAAACGGGACACCUCGACGGAGUUUUCAUGCACAAGCGAGCACAGCGACUGAAGUUCCUUUCGGAAAGAAACGAUAAAGUGUUCUUUGCCUCAGUCAGAUCAGGAGGCAGCAGCCAAGUUUUCUUCAUGACCUUGAACAGAAACUCCAUGAUGAAUUGGUAAUUCAUCCCCGCCCUUUCCUGUAUUCUAUCUGUGGACCUUUUCUACUUUAUUGAAAAGUGUGAAAAAAGGAAAAACAGGAAAAUCCAGGUGCGCUGGAUAAUCUGGCAGACUGCAAAAAGACCAAACCUUGCUAGGACCUUGUCAAAAGAGUCAAAGACUAACCCAAAAUCCACACGUCCCCUCCACCAAAAAGGGGCGCCGGAGGAGAAGAACAACCGGUCUGCAUUCUUUUUUAUGGCUCUUUCAUUAACAUGCGUGGGGUUCUGGUGUUUUUGUCCUUAAAAAUCUCUAUCUAGAUUCUUCUGGAGGUCGAGACUGGAAAUAUAGGGAAUAAGGCCCCCAGAGUAGAGUGAAUAUUUGUACUGUUAAGACACUUUUUGACAAUUUAUCACGGUUGCGCUGAACGUCAGUAAACCUCCCACUGAGGCUGGUUUGUGUGAUCAGUGCUUUUUCUUUUUUAUGUUUCAGCUUGGAAUGCACACAGAUGUUUGUGUCAUGUGGAUAUCACUCUAAUGUCUGAUAUUUAAGACUUGUGUGAUACUUCGCCACGUUAUGUUGGAGCAGACACGCUUCGGGCUGUCCACAGAAUGCCUUAAAUAUGAAUUCGCAAAGCUGCUCGGGUUUAUUUUUUAAGUCCAUAAUAUAUUGAUGUUUAUGCAUAUUUCUGUAAGGAAAGGAAAAUGCAACUUUUUUGGAUGGAAAUUGAUGCCUGCUGAUAUGGACGUAUAAUGGAAAUAUAAAUGAACCUGAAUAUUCAUACUGUGCAUUCCUAGCUUUAGCCCAAAGCUCUAUAGUAUUCACAUUUGGAGCCUGUGGUUUGGCACUGUUCUCCUUGUGCUCAGGGAGAUGGUGCUGUAGAUCAGACCUUUUUCCAUUCAUUUCCAUUGUCUUCACAACUUAUGUGAUGGGUAUUUUGGCAAUUAAAGGGAUAGUUCACUCUGAAAUGAAAAUUCUUUUCUCAUAUACUCACCCUCAUGUUGUUCCAAAACUGUAUGACUUUCAUUCCUCAAUUGCACACAAAAAGAGACAUUAAUCUGCUCUCUUCCAUACAGUGAGAGUAAAUGGUGACCAGAAGCUGUCAAGCUCCAAAACAGACAAAAAGCAUCAUGAAAGUAGUCAAUGUGCACUAUAUUUCUAGUUUCUGAAGCCAUAUAUGAUGUUUUGUGCGAUGAUCAGGCUCAGAAAAGUUGUUGAAAUUCCUACUUGACAACUCUGGUCACAAAUAACAGCCUGGACACUGACAAAAAAAGACAAUAAGGUUAGUCAUUUUUGGGUGAAUUAUUCCUUUAACUGUUUUAUUGGCCCUAUGAGAACGUGUAUUUCCACAUGGAUUGGACAACAUUCAUUGUUUUUAUUUGAGGGUGAAGCUGGUCUGCAGAGAACGCUUUAUCACAGUGCUGAGAAAGAGUGAAUACUUCAACUGAUCGGUAAAUACUACAGAGCUUUUCUAUUGAAACAUAAAAAAGGACGUUAAGAUUCUGUUUUGAGUUUCUCUGUAAAAGUGUGUAUGUGAAUGAAUGAUGAAAUGUAAUGCUUUCCACCAACGAUACAAAAAAGUAGAUAUGUUACCGUUAACAUACCAGCAAUCUCACUUGUUUUCAUAUCAGGAGUAACACGUGUUAUAAAGGAUAAGAAUGUGUUGCAGUUUUGUAUUUUUUAGUUUGUUGUCUCUUGACUUUCAUUAAAGUGCAAUAAAGGCAAAGAGAAUGGAGCCUGGUGAGUCGAUUGCUCACCUCUACUCAAGAUGAAUCUCCAACUGUUUCUAGAGGGACGUUCACUACCACCUUCUGUAAAUAUCCAGUCCCGCCUCCGAAUCUAAUGCAUAGGAACUGUGAGGGUGUGACAGAAUUCUGUAAGAUCCACCUCCUCCUCCUCCGUGUGAAUCACAUGAAUCUGUGAACGAAGGGUAGUGUUUUGUGAGUAGAGCUUCCUUUUAGGCUACCUCGUUUCUGUUCACCUGUUGGACCGGUUCAGUUUUCUAUGUGGGUAAUGAUUAUUGAUGCCGUGAAUCAAACCUUUGUAAGUGACACAGUGAGAGGUGUCAUUCCAUGUAGAUUCAGAGGUGAUUUGAGUGUAGAGUGCCAGACAGAAAUAUUCAGAAAUGAAUGCUUUAAAAAAAAAAUAAUAAUAAAAAGAAAUAAAUGAAAAAUCUUGGUGCAAUGUCUUGUGCAACAGCCAAAUCAAGCCUACAUUUCAUAUUAGGGUGAUUCUUCAAUUAGGGCAACUUUUCAGUACCCAAGGAUGAUUUUAAGAGGAAAAUAUUAAAAAAGAAAAAAAAAUGUUUUUAAUCCAAUACUACUGUCAUCACCGCCAUGCCAAGAAUCUUAUUUUAUCAAUUAAUUUUCAGGUUUUUACUUUAGAUUUUUGUGAUUUUUUUUUUUUUUUUUUUUUUUUUUUUUUUAGACCAAGCACACAACUAUCACAUUAUUUCAAAAUCCUCUUGAGAGUUUCAAAAAUAUCGUAUAUAUUGUAAUUUAUUUGCAUUAGUUGCAUUUUUAGGAUUAUUCAUAGUCAAAAAUGCCUUGAAGACCUUCCAAAUGAUGUGGCAUUUUAUUCAAACAGGUGGAAUCAUGAAAUAACACUCCUUUAUAUACUUUCAUAUAUUUUCAUUACGGUUAUGUAAGGGCAAAAGUGUGUGAAAUUCACUUGACACAACUAGGAUCUUUUGAGACUUCAUGUUUUUGUCCAUCAAACUGUGAACUGAGAGCGUGUGUGUGUGUGUGUGAAGUACUUUAUGUGUCUUCCCAUUCAUUUUAUCAACAACUGUGAGGUUGGUUGAUUCCUUCACCUCUCAUGCACUACCUUCAGUGGUGGAAAGUCUUAUGAUGUGUGCUUGACCUAAUUUUCUUUCUUAAUAUGGACAUUAAUACUGUAAGUACAUCCUUUAUAUUCAGGCCGAGUGAGUUGUUUAAUUUCUGUAUUUCUCUUAUUUUUCAUGUAUUAAACUUUGAGAUUUAUAGCACAACUGAGCAUUCUGGAUAUUGGCUGUUAUUUUUUGUUCCAGUGUGUGUGAUUGGGUGUGUGAUUAAACAUACCAUUUAUUUUUAAGCCUGUAAAACCAAGAGUUGGGCAUUUGGACACUAAAAUGAUGGUGAGGUUUCAAGAUUACAAGCCUUUUGUUAUAGAUACAUAUUUGAAGCUGAAGCUGGGCAUAUCAUGUUUUGUUCACAAAAUAUACAGGCUGUAGUAUUUUAUAAAUUGAUUUUAAGGCUAUUAAACUAGAGAUUUGUUCCAAAUGUAGCCUGGACUUUUAAGAGAAGGUGAUCUCAUCUAAUCUGUGCCUAGUCCAUGUAGUUGCCGUUACAUUUUAUUGCUUACAAUUUAUUACAUAUUGUAAAUCAAACCAACAAAGUCACUCAAAUCCCCUUUGUGUCAUCCACAAAAGAGCUGAAUCUUCAAAACCGAAUAUUUUAUGGUCGUAAAACUUUUUACAAUCCAGUUUUCUUGAUAUUCUGAUGCAUUUUAUUUAUGGUUUUGUACAGUGCUUUACCUCAUUGUAUUAAGAAAGCAGCAGUAUUAUUGCUGUUUCUUUUUUAAGGGAUUGUUUUCUUUAGCUGUGUUCUGGAUUAGUUUGAAAGAACUAUGAAAUCUAUAUUUUAAUGUCAGAGAUGCUUUAAUAUGAGUGCUUUUUUGUUUUUUAUUAUAAGUUGUUGGUUUGUUUUCUUAUUUUAAUGCAGUAUUGUUCAGUGCUCUUUCCUAAUAAAAGAAAUUCACCCCUGAUAACUGCAAAAAUGUUUUCAUAUUACAGGGUUGUGUGUGGAUCUAUUCCAGUCUUGUUAAUCAAUACUCAGCGUGUUUAUGUUUAAAGAGGAAAAUCACAAAGAGAAGACUGCAUAUCAAAUGUGAUGGUAAAGCAGGUUGGAGGAUCAGUCUAGAAAAGUUAUUAGCAAUAAUGAGCAUUACUGAUUUUGCUCAAGUCUUCACAUUAGACUUUAUUCUCCUUUUUCUGAAACACCAGUUUUUGAUCUUAUUCAGAUGGAGUCAAGCGUUUCUGAAUGAGAAUGUGAAAUGGAUAAAUGGAAAUAUUUCAGAUUUUGGAAACUCACCCAUUGUGUUCACUUGUCACCUAAAACAGACAGUUUCUUUGCUUUUUUAAAAAAAUAAACUGACACAUCAAACCAGA